CUUCGCGCGACAAUAUCAGACACGUUGUCAAUCACCAUAUUCUCCAUCAUCGUCUUGAGAUUCCUCAUCUGCACCAGCGACUGUCUAAACCAGCGUGGGAGAGGAUGAUGGGAAUUCUAACGCGGAUCGGUGAGAAAGUAAUGGAAAAGGUUAUCGGUAGUAGUAGCGAGGCGGCGAAUGGCAGACAACAGAGAGUGGAAGAAGAGGAAAAGGGUGUUGAAGUAUUUGGAAGUAAUGUUGUUGAAAAUGAAUAUAACGGAAUCUAUUUUGAAAGUAUUGCAAUCAAAGAUGAAGACCCGAAUAUUAAUGAUUUGGAUACCAUUAAUUCAAAGAGUAGUGUGAACGUCGAUUCAAAUGAUAAUGUCAACGCUAGCCCUGAUGUUCGUUCAACAAUCGAACCUACGCCCACUGACGUUGCUACAUCUUCCACGGCUUCUUCCUCGCCGACGUCUUCCUCCACACCGACGUCUUCGUCAUUUCUUUCCCUCUCUCAAUCUUCGUCCACCAGCCUUUCAACAUCGAUCCCUCUAAGUACAUUAUUUGCAUCCUUGUUCAUGGUAUAUUACGUAAUUCUCCGCAUUCGACUUUGGAAUGCAAGAAUGAAAACAAACGUGUAUGUUGGAGAUGGUGCGACAGAAAUGAUUAAAAUGGGUGCGAAAGACGAUCGAGGAGAUUAUCAAAGGCGAAAAAAAGAACAAGGAAGAAGAGGUAGGUACCGCGUGUGUGAAGAUAUUUGGGGGCACAGAUUGCUUUAA